CGGGAGACAGCCUAUGAAUAGAGAGUAGUUCUUUAGGCAGUGAUUUGGUUGGAAGCAUAUAUGGAGGGGCAGCUCAUGAGUUGGGGGACUCUAGAAAAUGGUUGGAGGAAAGGUCCAUGGACUGCCCAAGAAGAUGAGAUCCUCAUUGAGCAUGUGAACCAACAUGGUGAAGGAAGAUGGAACUGUGUCUCCAAGCUAACAGGGCUCAGACGGAAUGGCAAGAGCUGUAGGCUAAGGUGGGUGAACUACCUGAGGCCUGAUCUCAAAAGAGGGAAGAUUACUCCCCAUGAGGAGAAUAUCAUCCUUGAGCUCCAUGCUUUGUGGGGAAACAGGUGGUCCACCAUUGCUCGAAGCCUCCCCGGGAGGACCGACAACGAGAUCAAGAACUACUGGAGGACCCAUUUCAAGAAGAGCAAGCCCUCGAAGAAUAUCGAGAAGGCAAGAGCUCGAUUUCUCAGGCAGCAACAAGAGCAACAGGAGAGAGAAGAGGAGCAGCAGCAAGCUGAUAUGAGAGGGAUCAUGACCCAAGUAGAGGAAGCAGCACUCGCACAGGACAUGCAGGAGAUGGCCUACAUGUACCCCCUAAACUAUAUGCUUCAAGGGGGCGAGGGCGGCGGCGGCGGCUCCAUAAGCGAUGGCUCGAGCGAAGAAGAGGCCUGGGGGAGCCUGUGGAACCUUGAUGACGUACAUGAUGAUGGAGAGGGCGUGUGUCGUGGUGGUUUAACAAUGCAAGAUCAAGUGCUUACUUUCUACUGAGGAGAAUAGAAAGCGAGAGAGAAGGGGUUAAAUGUGUAAUGUUGGUGGAUAAGGAUGCAAGCAAUCCACUUUGAGCACUACCAUAUUAUCAUCACUUGAAACUUAGUUGUGAUGGUAUGCUUUCCCAAUCCUCCUUUUUGUCACUUUUAUAUGAUGAGAACAUAAAUAAUAUUAUAUGUGAAAGAACCC